CCCGGGGCCAUCGAAACGCUGAUAUUGGCGCGCACCACUGAACAAACUGACUUCCGGAGAAGGAGAAGAAACACGGCGCUGGAGGUUGUGCGGUGAUUGAUGGAUGUUUCGCCACGCAGCUUGAGAAACAUGGCGCUGUCCUUAACGAUCCACUUUGGAGCGCCGUUCGCCUCAUCAAUGAUCAUGACCUGAUCAAGAAGGUCCAUUUGGAGUACUUGGAGGCAGGGAUAAAUAUUUUGGUUUCUUCGUCUUACCAGGCCACCAUUCCUGGGUUUAUAUCAUAGGAGCUGUCCAUGGAAGAAGGGGAGUUGCUCUUAGAAAAGAGUGUUAAAUUGGCCAUGGAAGCUCGUGAUAGUUUUUGGGAUUCCAUGAAGAGUAUCCCUGGACAUAAUUACAAUCGGGCUUUGGUUGCAGCAUCCAUUGGAAGCUAUGGUGCUUAUCUGCUGAUGGCUCAGAGUACAGUGGGCAUUACGGGCCAGAUGUGAAUGUGGAUAAGUUGAAGGAUUUUCAUCGGCGCAGAUUGCAGAUUCUUGUUGAUGCAAGCCCAGAUUUGCUUGAAUUUGAGACUAUUCCCAAUAAACUUGAAGCCCAGUAGGCCUGUGUGGAGUUGCUCGAAGAAGAAAACGUCCAAAUUCCAUCUUGGAUCUGCUUUAGCUCCGUAGAUGGCGAGAAUGCACCGUCGGGAGAGAGCUUCAAGAAGUGCCUUCAUGCCAUUAAUAAAAGUGACAAAGUAACUGCAGUUGGCAUAAACUGUACACCUCCUCACUUUAUUGAAGCUCUGAUUUGUAAGCUCAAAGAGUUAACCAACAAGCACAUAGUUGUCUAUCCCAAUAGUGGCGAGGUAUGGGAUGGCAGAGCCAAGAAAUGGCUGCCAUCAAAUUGUUUUGUUGAUGACAAAUUUGAAUCAUUUAGUUCAAGAUGGCGUGAUUUGGGAGCAAAAUUCAUUGGAGGCUGUUGUCGUACGACACCGUCUACCAUCCUAGCUAUAUCAAAGGUUUGGAAAGAAAGCUCCCAUUAGUGACCGCCGUCUAAUUUUUAACCUGUUUUGUUCUUUUGUAAACUACUAGAUUGAGGUGUUAUGGUUUGCAUUCUGACAUAAUUUUUUCGGCUUAUAGAAUUUUACUGCAUAAAACUCAAAAGGCUAGUUAAAGAGGGUAGGCAUUUUUACUUCUUCAUGAAAUUCAACUAAAUUGAGGAAAAGAAAACUAUUACAUUUUCAGAACAUAUUUUAUAUUUUAUUUCAAAGAAUGAUAAAAAUCUUAGAGAAUGGAUCCCUCAGGACAAUGCAAACUUUGGAUGCUGAGGCUGAUCUUGGAAGUUUAUAUAUAAGCAAGCAGGAACAUAAAAACCAACAGAGUUCCAAUCCCUUGCUAGAUUAGGAAAUCUUCUCCUUUUUUUUCUGGGAAAAGAUAAAAAAUGGAGGAACAAUUGUUUAUCCUCAAAGUAGACUGAGAGGAAGAAGCCGAAAAGUAUGGGAUUAGACUGAAGGUAAUGGGUAAUGCAAUAUUGGGAUGGGGGCCCCUAAACAAGAUCUCAACUUUUUGUCGAACCAAAAAAAGAAGUGUCCCUUUCUCAAUUAGGGUGCCCCACAAAUUUACGCAGCCAAUCAGAGAACAAUCCUUUGGAUGAACUAUAACCCCUCGACCAAUGAAGAAGUGGAUAAGGCCCUUCUGUGGACCUACCCACUGCAAGUUCUUUUUCUAUAUUAAACAAGUGCACAAAAGUGCAAUUCCUUCCCAGUCUAGACCCUUCUCUGUCGUGGAUUUAACUGGAAAAGCGCAGUCCGAGGGGCAUUCCCCAGGUCCCUCCAUGGUUUCUAGUUAAAAUAGUUUCUCGUGAACAUUUAUAAAACAACAAUGACGAACUAGUACAAAAUAUCAAGAGUAUAGUGUCCGAAUUUGAAGCCUGCAAGUUGUGUUUUUAAUACAAACUCACAUUUUCACCUGAGUUUCAGUGUAUUGACUCUUUAUCAUUUCUGGUUAUUUGAAUUUUAUGAUGCCGAGGAAAAGCGUGCAGAAAACAGCAGAGGGAGGCAAGACCGCCAGACCCUGCGAUAGCUGUAUCAUCAAGCGGGCUCGGUGGUACUGCGCUGCCGAUGAUGCUUUUCUGUGCCAAGCUUGUGAUGCUUCAGUGCACUCCGCCAACUCCUUGGCUCGUAGGCAUGAGCGAGUUCGUCUUCAAUCUGUCUCUUACAGAACCUCUUCAGACAACUCCUCUGCUGCUUCAUGGCACCAAGGCUUCACCAGAAAGCCACGGUCACCUCGAAUGGGAAAGACCACUCCGAUGAGGAAGCCAUUUCCUCAGGUACCGGAGGUGAAUGCUAAAGAAGAAACUGAAGAUCAAGAACAGCUCCUCCUUUAUCGAGUUCCUGAAUUGGGAGCCGAUUCAAAAGUUGGUAAUUUGUUUAGUUUUGUUGGGGAAAAAGAAAACUCAAUUGGGUAUCUCUCGUACGAUAUGGAUCCUGCUGAAUUCGCGGCUGAUGUUGAGAGUUUGUUGGGGAAGUCGCUUAAUAAUAAGUGCUUUGAUAUGGAAGAACUGGGGCUUGCGGCUUCCAAAGAUCACUCAACGACAAAGGAUGAUUACUCUUUAAACAGCCACGAACUUAUUAGGAUUGAACAAGAUGAGAUAGAGAAAUUGACUCCGAUGCUCCGCGCAGAAGGCGAAACAAUGAGGGAGCCAUUUGAACUGAACUUUAUGGACUUCGGCAGAAAUCCAAGGACGUGCGGUGAGGAAAACAAGGCGAUGAUGGAAGUCAAGGAAGUGGUGAAGAAGGGUGAACUUGAGAUGGAAGAGACAAAGAUGGUUAACAACAAAAAGAAAGUAUCAUUGAGUUUGGAUAGUGAAGCAGUGAUAAUGGCUUGGGGGAGCAGAGGAACUCCAUGGAUGUCCGAUGAUGGACCGAAUCUUGACCUCAAUUAUCACUGGCUGGACUACAUGGGUACGUGGGAGAGUGAAUAUUAUUAUGAGGCUUACGGGGAGGUUAGCGGCGGAAUUAGGCGACAAGCGGCAGCCGGAGUUGAAGGAGAGAGAGAAGCACGAGUGUCGAGAUACAGAGAGAAGAGAAGGACGAGAUUAUUUGCAAAGAAAAUAAGAUAUGAAGUUCGGAAGCUGAAUGCAGAGAAGAGACCGAGAAUGAAGGGGAGGUUUGUGAAGAGAGCGUCUUGCUUUGCGCCAACACCUUUGCCUCUGUUUAAUUAAUCAUUAAUCUUCAAUCUUAAUUUUGAACCUCUAAUUUAAUACAAUAAUCCACUUUUGCUUUAUUUCAUCAAUUUUGGGCCGUUUGCGGUCCGCCAGCCCAUCAAUGCCCAGUAAUAUGGUCCACUGGGCUAGUCCAGUAGUUCGUCAAUGGGUCAGGUACCCGAACUUUUUGUUGAACAGUUAUGCUAUUGUAUUUAGUUUAAA